AUGAAAGACUUCAAGAGCCAGGCUAUCGAUACGCCCGGCGUCAUUGACCGUGUAUCGACGCUGUUCCGCGGACAGCCGAGCCUGAUCCAGGGCUUCAACACGUUCCUCCCGCCCGGCUACCGCAUCGAAUGCAGCAUGGAUCAGAACGACGGCAACUUCAUCACUGUCACCACGCCCAGCGGGACCACGACACAGGCUCUUGGAGGCCACGGCCCCCCUGCCCUCCAUCGCCUCCCCGACGCGCCGCCGCCCGGCCCGCCGCCCAUGCCGCUGCACGAGGGCGCCCGCCCGCCGNAGGCAUAUGUGCCCGCGCCUGAGUACGCCGAGCGCGCGCCGCUGCCGGGACCCGCGCUGUCGCGUGCGCCGCCGCUGCGUGGCGCGUCGCCGGGGCCGAUGGGCAUGCCGCCCAUGGCUGCGCCUGGGGCGUAUGCGGGUGCGCCGCCCGGAGCUCCGCUCGCGAAUGGGCCGCCGGUCGGCUACGAGCCGAUGGCGCGUGGUGCGCCGGAGCCGGUGCCGCGGCCCCCUGUCGAGUUCAACCAUGCGAUCAACUAUGUGAACAAAAUCAAGCAGCGCUUUAGUGCGGAACCCGAUACGUACAAGCAGUUCUUGGAGAUCCUGCAGACCUACCAGAAGGAGCAGCGGCCGAUCCACGAGGUGUAUGCGCAAGUUACGGUGCUGUUCGACCAUGCCAAGGAUCUGCUGGAAGAGUUCCAGCAGUUUUUGCCCGACACUGGCGCGGCGCCGGGCGGCAGUGGCUUGUUUGGCAUGCUGGGGCACGUCACGAAUGGCAUGGGCCCCGCCGAGGGCGCGCCACCCGGUGCGGCGCCGUACGACAUGGUCGGCGGUGUGCCUCGGCAUGCGGCGCCGCCGCUGCCGCGCAAGAAGCGGAUGGCAGACGAGCCGGGUGUGCCGCCCGAGGCGUCCCUGCCCCCGCCCAAGGCCGGCGCGAGCCGCAAGCGCAGCAAGAAGGCGGAGCAUGGGCUGCCGCCCCCGGGCGCGCCGUAUGUGCAGGCGAUCCCAGGCCCGGGCGAGGUGGUGGGCGAUGCGGUGUACCCGCCUGGUGCUCCGCUACCGCCCGGCUACGAGGCGAUGCCGCCCGAGGGCUAUGUGCCUGCGGGCGCGAUGUAUGGCCUGCAGGCGUAUCCCCCGCCGCAUAUGGUCGGCGGUGAGUUGGUGCCUGUGGCGCCGAUGGCGACGAUGGACGAGGUAGCGUUCUUCGAGCGCGUGAAGAAGCACUUGGACGACCGCGCCACGUACCUGGACUUUUUGAAGCUGUUGAACCUGUACACGCAGGAGGUCAUUGAUGUGGCGACGCUGGUGGACCGUGCAUCGCUGUUCCUGGGCGGUCACAGCGAGCUCUUCGAUGCCUUCAAGCAGCUCGUGGGCUACGACAUGGGGCGGCAUGGGUGGCUCGAGCACGAGGACCCCGUGCUGGAGAACGUGCCCGCGCUGGAGCGCGAGCGCUUUGACCUGUCGACGCAGAAGUCGUAUGGACCGUCGUACCGCAAGCUGCCCGAGUCGGAGGUGAACCUGUCGUGCAGCGGCCGUGACGCGCUGUGCUGGGAGGUGCUGAACGACGGGUGGGUCAGCUACCCCACGUGGGCGAGCGAGGGCGAGUCGUUCAACCCGCACAAGAAGAACGUGUAUGAGGACGCGCUGUACCGCAGCGAGGAGGAGCGGCACGAGUACGACUACCACAUCGAGGCGAACCUGCGCACCAUUGCGCUGCUGGAGCCGAUCGCCGCGCGCAUUGCCGUGAUGGACGCGGAGGAGCGCGCAGCGUUCCGCCUCAAACCGGGGCUUGGCGGGCAGAGCAAGAGCAUCUACCAGCGCAUCAUCAAAAAGGUGUAUGGGCGCAGCCAUGGCCUCGAGGUGAUUGCGGCGCUGCACGACAACCCGUCGGUCGCGGUGCCUGUGGUCCUCGCGCGCUUGAAGCAGAAGGACGAGGAGUGGAAGCGCGCGCAGCGCGAGUGGAACAAGGUGUGGCGCGAGGUCGACGCACGCAACUUUUACAAGGCGCUCGACCACCAGGGCGUCAACUUCAAGAGCACCGAUAAGAAGGCCAUCACGAACAAGGCGUUCGUGCAGGAGAUGGAGACGCUGCAGGCCGCGCAGCAGCAACGCCGCCUCGCGGCCGACCCGAGCCUGCCCCGCCUCGUGCCGCGCUUCCAGCUCGCCUAUGCGGUGCACGACACGGAUGUGCUCGUGCAUGUGCUGCAGCUGCUCGCGCAGUUCCUCGAGCGCUCGUCCGCCUCGACCGGCGCCCACGACCGCCCGCGCGUCCUCUCAGUACUGCACGCGCUCCUGCCCCGCCUAUGGGGCGUGCCGCUGGACACGGUGCGUGCGCUCAUCGUGCCGCACCGGACCUCGGCGCCCCGCGAGGCCUCCGACGAGCCGGACGCCGAGUCGGCGAGCGCGUCGCCCGCGGACGACGACGGCCCGGCCGAGGCGCCGGUGCAGGCCAUUGACACAUGGCACGUCCGCCCGCUGGCGCCGCACACGGAUGCACAGCCGACGCCGCGUGCGCUGCCCGAGACGGUGCAGCUGUUUGGCAAUACGACGCUCUAUGUGCUCGUGCGCCUGCUGCACUUGCUGUACGAGCGGCUGCACCGCCUGAAGUGCGUCGGCGCCGAGCUCGCGGCGCGAACGCCCUCGUCGUGGACCAAGGUGAAUCCGCUGGCCGCGACGCUGGGGCUGGCCGAUAUUGCGACGGGCCCAGCGGGGCUCGUCGCGUCGAUCGCUGCGCACGUGCCGGGAGCGCAGCUGACGGACGCGGCGCACCUCCCUGAGGCGGACCAGGCGGUGAUGCGGCUGCAUCCGGCGCAAUUCUAUGCGGUGACGCUCGAGCUGAUUGCGCGCCUGCUCGACAAUGAGGUGGAUCAGAGCACGUUCGAGGAGGCGGUGCGCUUCAUGUACACCAAGGACGGGUAUGUGCUGUUCACCAUCGACAAGGUGCUGCAGGCGCUCGUCAAGACGGCAGUGACGGUAAGCACAGACGCCAAGGGCCAGGCGCUCCUCGCGCAGUUUGAGGCGACGCAGCAGGCGCUCGAGGCGCUGCGUGCGGACCCUGAUGUGGACGCGCGCGACGUGCAGAUGUACCAGCGGCUCGUGGCAGCGCGCAUGGAGGCGGAGCACACGGUGGGCCGCGAAGAGCCGCUGUUCCGCAUCGAGGUGGCGCCGGUCGCAGACGCGCCGACGUCGGGGCCGCUGCCCGCGCGCGACGUGCGUAUCCAGCUCCUCUCGCACGACGAUACGACGCUGGACGAUCCGCAGGACGCGGAGCAGCGGUGGCUGCAGUACAUUGCUUCCUACUGCCUGUGGGCGCCGACCGAGGGCCUGCCGGCCCAGACACGCGCGCCGCUGCUGCAGCGCAACCUGCCGGCUGCGCCGGAGGACGGCUCGGAGGCGGACGGCUCGCGCUUCCUCGUCAAGAACGGACUGGACAUCCGUGUGUGCAUGAAGACAUACCGCCUCUUUUUCGUGCAGGACACAGAGGAUGUCCUCGUGCGUGUGCGUCCAGCCGACACGACAGGCGCGGCCGCGCGGCAUGCGGCGGCGCGGCGGCGCAAGUGGCACGAGUGGCUCGACGUGCGCCUCGAGGCGAUGCGCGAGGCGCCCGGCGCGGACGCCGAUGCAUCGCAGGCCGAGGCGGCCGCGGCCCGUAGGGACUAG